CGUAUAAUUGUAUGAUACCCCGAAAAUGGUCGAAUUAUGUACCCAUCACUGCCUACAACCAAUGAUCAGCAUCAGCGGCUAUUUAUCCUAGAACUAGCCAAGUGUGUAUAAACCAUUAUGUGACCACAAUGCAGUCAGUAGUUUCUUCUCAUUCAUUUCAACUGGUUUCAUAAUAGAAGCAUGAGUGUUAAAGAAAUGGAAAAUAUUGAAAAGUUGCAAUGUUUCGUCAGUCGGAGUGAAGAAAUGAUAUUCACGUUACACAGCAUUUUAUACUCAGUGGUGUAGUAAAUUAUCAGCUCCAGUCUUUCGUUAACUAGCAACCGUGAUGGUACAAGCGUGAUGCGAGUACCGUCUUGUUUUAUUGUUAAUGCUAUUUAUAUAAUAUUUAUUAAAAUAUUUUGUCUUCCAAAUUAUAAAUUUAAUCGGACCAAUUUAUUAAUUAGUGCCCAAGUGAACGAGAUCAUUAUUCUCUGAAAGGAUUAACAAUGUAUAUUUAUUGGUGAUUUAUCGAUACCAGCUGAUUGAUCUUAAAAAGUACAAACUCAAUCACGUUUUCAAGAUAGUAAGCAGUGAUCCUCAAACUUGGAUUUUCAGAAAAAAAAGUCGUCAUAAAGAGAUCGAGAGUUGCAGAAACGACAAAGAUAGUGUUAUGAAACUUGUGCAAACAAUUCAGUUACCGCAACUACCUCCGGUCACCGCCGCCAGCGGUAUGACGGGUAUGGAUUCACGUUUACCUCCAGGAAUAUCUCUGCCUUUCAGUCCCACGGAUCUCUUAUGGCGAUAUGGUCCGACUAUGAGUUUUCCGCCCACUUUACAUUCUUCCUCAGGAUCGCUACUCGACUUCAAGACACACCUGCCAUCAAGUCUUGCAUCGGAUCCAAGAGUAUGGUCACGAGACGAUGUGAUAUCAUUUUUACGGUGGGCUGAACGUGAAUUUGAUUUACCGCAAUUUGAUAUGGAUAUGUUUCAAAUGAAUGGUAAAGCAUUAUGUUUAUUAACAAAAUCAGAUUUCGGUGAAAGAUGUCCAGGUGCGGGUGAUGUAUUACAUAAUGUACUUGGUAUGUUAUCACGUGAUUUUAGUCAGUUACAAAGAUGUUUACCGAGUAGUCCAGUAACACCAACACGUACAUCUGUUUAUCCAUUAUCACCACAUUCACAUCCACCAACACCUACAUGGGUUGAAAAUUCGUAUGCUGCAAAUUUAGCAACUCUUAUGUCAGCAAAUUCAGUUACAUUGUCACCGGCACCAUCAAUUGAUAGUCAAGCUGGUUCACCUGGUCAUAAUGAUAAUAAUCAUACACAAAUAUAUAAAAGCGAUUCUGAUGAAGACAAUCAACACGGUAACAAUACAAGCCCACCAGCAACACCAACAGCAUUGACAACACAAAAAUUAAGUGAAGUUUGUGUUAAAGAUCAACCAAGUCCAACCUUAACAACCCAAAUGAUGCCAUUGACACCCGGUAGUUUUAGACCAUCACCAAGUAGUACUCGUGAAUUUUUUCCAAAUGAUUCACCAGAACCAAAUACAAAUGGUAGAUUAUUGUGGGACUUUUUGCAACAGUUAUUGAAUGAUCCAUCCCAAAGGUAUACACAUUAUAUUGCAUGGAAAAGUCGAGAAACUGGUGUGUUUAAAAUUGUUGAUCCACCUGGAUUAGCAAGACUUUGGGGAAUACAAAAAAAUCAUUUAUCAAUGAAUUAUGAUAAAAUGAGUAGAGCAUUACGUUAUUAUUAUCGUGUUAAUAUAUUAAGAAAAGUUCAAGGUGAACGUCAUUGUUAUCAAUUCUUACGCAACCCAACUGAACUAAAGAAUAUUAAAAAUAUAUCAUUAUUAAGACAACAAAUGAGAAUUAAAUCCGAGCCAUAUGAUGAUAAUACUGGUAAUGGUAUUGAAUCAGAAGUUGAUAUGCCUACGGAUUUAUCAAUGUCAAGUGUGAGUCAAUCUUCGUGUGAACAAUAUCAACAGCAACCAUUACCACUACAUGAUCCACCAGCAAAAUAUCGUAGUCAUGCAUAUAAUCUUGUUAAAACGAAUCAAGAACCGGACGACAAAAAGUGACGUGAAACUUGACAGCGACAAUAAGAUUUUAUUAUUGCUUAAUAUUUAAAAAAAUAAACAAUAUAAAUAUAUAUAUAUAUAUAUAUACAUGUAUAUAUAAUUAUAUAUAUUAUUUUUAGUCGCUGUGUUUGUCGGCUAAACAGAAUUAAAUAUUAAACAAUAUUUUAUACUUUAUUUUGUUAUUUUUUGGUUUACAAAAUAUAUAUUCUUAUGUUCUCAAGUGAAUCUACAAAACAAAGACUGAUUCAUAGUACCGGCAAAUCGAAUCAUUUUAUAUAUUUUUUGAAAAUCCCAGAUUAAAAUAAAUCAACACACUAAAAAAUUAUUGUAUUUUCGAACUGAAAAAGUAAACAAAAUCCGCUCGUCGACAAAGUUGACCUAGAUGAUCCGGGCGCCUUUCGUUGACUAACUGAGUUGUGUGUAUCACAUUUUUUCCUUUAAUAAUAAUAGCUUCUGAGUUAAAAAUUAGAAACUGCCACAUGAGAUUCAAAUUGAAUCAAAAAAUUUGCAUUGAUAAAAAAAAAAUUCAACAGUGAUAUUUAUUAAUUUUCUCCCUCUAUGAGUUAGUUUUUUUUUUUUUUUAUUUCUUUUUUACUCGCUCAAUUUUUUAAAUCAAUAACAUUUGAUUUUUUUAUUAGAGGCAAAUGAUGAAAACAAUGUUAAAGCAUCCUCGGAGAAGAAAAAAAUGAUUUUCAUAAAUCUGUGCCAAGAACGUUACGUUACCA